UCACACCGUCCCGCCUUGCGACGUACGCCGCGCACACACUGUUCCCUGCUCGGACGUCCUGAACGCUACCAGUGCCGGCCGCUCCCCUCCACCGAGGUUGUAUAUAUAUAUCUAUAUCUGCGAGCCUGCGCUGUUUUCUGCUGUAUCCUCCGUUUGCAUUGGUUAACAAAGUACUGGGCAACAAGUGUGGUUUGUUGGGACCAAACGACCUCCUCUUAAGAGUGGAGAGAGGGGACUUGCUCGUUGUGGACAGUUUGCUGCCCGGUUCCUCCACCACCACCUCCCACCCUCCGACCUAUUCUCUGCUUAUGAAGUCAUUGGGAGUAGUUCUGAGGUCGGAACCCCAUAAUCUGCUGCGCUGACGGCUCGGAGCUAUUGGCAGUGAUUGCACCGCGCCGAGACAGCCUUGCAAAGGACACUUUUUUGUUGUUGUAUACGUUCGGAUUUGAGCAUGGAAGAAGACAGCGUCAUGCCGGAUUUUAAGGAUCUGGAGGCUAAACUGGGUCGCAAAGUCCCCGAGAGUCUGGUUCGGUCUCUGGUGGAAGGGAAGGUGGACAAGAAGCAGGAGAAGUCCAGUGGGAGCACAGCGGUAAAGUGCCGGGCCAACUCUGCAGACUUGAAGCGACUGCAGAGCAAGAUGCUGUUUCUGAAGCAGGAAAUGGCCCACUUGCGAGCCAUUGACGGGCAGCUGAUGCAGCAGCUCAUGUCCAUCAACGAGGGCAUCGAGUCCAUCCGCUGGGUGAUGGACGACAAGGGGGGCGUGGCCAGCCAGGAGGGCAGCCUGAUGGGCAGCCUGUACAGCCUAUCAGACAGCCAGGACGGUUCUUCGCUGCGCGGGAGCUUCAACAGCCUGAACGACGGCAACAGCGACGGGCUGGACGGGCUGUCGGUCGGCAGCUACCUGGACACCUUAGGGGAGGACCUCCCGGACCAGCCCUCGCCCACGGACCUCGAGACAUUUGAGGAGAAAAGCGUCAUUAACGGCGAGACGGCGUUUGGCAAAUCACCGCUCAAACUCAGGGUUGAAUCCGAUGAGUACUACUGCUUCGGGUAGAGAGGAGAAGUGCACAGUGGUGGUGCUUCAUCCGGAUUGUUUUAAUGUGUUUUUUAUUUUUAAAGGAAGGAUGUGCAGAAAUGACGGCCGAUAAUAUGUUUUGGAAAAGACGUUGGGAUUGACUCUCGUAGCAACAAGUGGGCGCCAGGUUGUUGUGAAUUAAUUAUCUUGACGAUACCGUGAAUCCUAAUUCUUAAUUUAUGUGUAUGGUGUAAACGCUAAGGUCUCACAUUGCCACUUGCCAGUCAAUAUAGAGGCUCCAGAAGAAUAAUUUUCCGGUUCAUUUCUGUGUUCUGUUUUUUUAUGCUUUGUUUAUUCAUAUGCUUCAGCAUCACAGGCUAUUUUAUCACCCCAUGUGCUAUCCCCUUUGAAUAAUAAGCUUGACAGCGGAGCAGUCAUGCCUCGUAAAGUGGAUUUAAGUGCAGCCCUGACAUCUGGAACUCCCACAUCUGGAACUCCCACCGCCACAUUGCAUUCUGGGAGGAAUUGUAUCUUUAAAUGCGUCACGCUAAACGUGUUCACACGGUAGCUGUUGCGUCAGUCAGUUGAUCUGGCGUCUCGGAAAUAAUAAUAAAAGGUUUAAUGACUGUUGUAACUUUUAUUCAAGGUUGCUGUUAAUGGAGGUGCAAACGGCGUCAAGUGCAAUUAUCUCAGUAAAUGUUGUGCAAUUUUCUUUUCCGAUCCAAAGUUCUUUUUUUUUUUUUUUUUUAUAUUUUGAUCUUUUUUCUAAUUUGGGCUUUUCUAAGAUUGCUAUUGUCUGUACGUUAGUGUAAAGCCUUUCACACCGGUUUUAAAAAGUACUCCUGUUGUUCAAGGGUGAUUCCAAGACAGUUGCUUGGAUGUUUGUCUGCCCUAAGCUAUACUAUUGUGGCCUUUUUGAAGGUGCUUUAAGCAUUUAAGCUUGCAUACCUGUUUGUGGUUUGGCACGGUCGGUCGGGUGAUAAGACAAACACAUGUGAAACGUGUGUGUGUGUGUGUGUGUGUGUGUGUGUGUGUGUGUGUGUGUGUGUGUGUGUGUGUGUGUGUGUGUGUGUGUGUGUGUGUGUGUGUGUGUGUGUGUGUGUGUGUGUGUGUGUGUCUAGUGGGCUACUUUCAAAAUAAGCUCUGUUUUUAUCUAAAACAAAACGAAAUUGCCAAGAAAAAAGAUUCUGGUCUUGCUUGAUCAGUUGUCUUCGUUUUUGGUACCGAUGUACUGUACUGCGUGUUCGGUGUUUCCUUCAUAUUGUUUUGAUACGUUUAUUUUUAAGUCGAGUCAAAAUGAUAAUAUAUUGUGAUCUUUCUAACCCCUGUGUGCAAUAGUUUGUAUUGCCUUAUAGAGAAAUUUAACUGCAUGCUUGUUCAACGAGGGUGAGAAGGAGAGUCUAAAAGGAAGAGGAAGAGAGUAUGAGACAGAAUAAAACAUGUCUGUUACACAUCCUGCCCUCUUCUGCCACGAAUGAGUUCCAAUGAUCCUACAUUUUGAAUGUGUAACGUGGCAAAGACUAAGGCCUGUAUUAAAUCAGGUCAACCCUCCUUAAACUCAA